UGUUUAUCCGUUGGAGAAAUUCGUCCCAAUGAAUCGGUUUUUCGCAUUUUGGAUGUUGAAUUUUAUUCGCUUACUAACGAAGCGUGGGACUAUUCGACCAGUCAUACGUACGAUGAGAAAGGAAUUUCGAUGUCACAAUACGAUCAGGCGUCACAACAACAGUAUUAUGAUCAUCCUUGCAAUCAACUGAAAAAAUUUCUUUCGAAUGGACAUUUUUAUUUUUCUUCGAACUUCGAUUUGACUAGAUCAUUGAAUGUCAGAACUAUGCAGUCCUCGGCAGACAAAUACACUUUUGACGAUUAUUUUCUGUGGAAUAAAUUCAUGAUCAAAGAAUUAUUGAACUUUCGAUCAAAACUUAGCAAAUCGGAGCGGAAAGAGAUGGAUGGUGGCGGUUUUUUGGUGCUUGCCAUUCACGGGUAUGUUGGAAGCCAGCGUGCAACUCUCGGACCCGAAGAAGUUACAAUUUCGGUGAUAUCGAAAUUAAGUUGCAAGCGUGCUGGUACACGAUACAAUACACGUGGGGUCGAUGACGAUGGAAACGUGGCGAACUUUGUUGAGACGGAAACAAUUUUGCAAAUGGGGACAACGUGUUAUUCAUAUGUACAAAUUCGAGGCAGUGUGCCAGUGUUCUGGGAACAACAA